AUGUCUGCUCCUCAAUUCGCCGGUCUCUCCGGCCUGUGGCUGAUGAGAGCCGUGACUACUAGCGCCACGAUGGGUUUCCUGUUGUUCGGCUAUGAUCGGGUUGUCACAGCCAUCUAUGAGCUAGGUUGUCUGGCUGGUGCGGUCUUCAUUCUCAUCUUCGGGGAUUGGCUUGGCCGACGCAAGUCAAUCAUGCUCGGGGCCACUGUGAUGAUUCUCGGCGUUAUAAUACAGGUCACUUCCUUCAGUGGCCACGUUCCUUGGCUCAAUUUUGCAUCGGACGAGUGGUCACCGGCCGAGUGUUCCCGAUCUUCGAACCGUGGUCUCCUCAUUUGUAUUGAGGGUAGCACUGUGGCUAUCGGGACGUUGAUUUCCUACUGGAUCGACUUUGGAGCCUCUUAUGGCCCUCCCGACCUCACUUGGCGUUUCCCUAUCGCCUUCCAGGUUGUCUUCGGUAUCUUUAUCAUCGCCAGUCUGGCUGUUCUUCCGGAGUCCCCGCGUUGGUUGUUUAUUCGCGAGCGAUAUGAAGAGGGUGAAACCGUCAUAGCGGCUCUAGCGGCCAAGUCUAUUCACGACCCUGACGUGCAGUUGCAGAAGACCAUUAUUUUGGACUCCAUUCGAGCUUCGGGCCAAGCGACCAAGAAUACUCCGUUGUCAGCUGUUUUCACCGGUGGGAAGACACAACAUUUCCGUCUCCUCUUCAAGGAUUCGCUGGGCCAAGAUGAAUUCAUGUCAAUGAUUCUGGGUGGUGUCAACAUGGUGGUGUACUCAAUCUUUGCAUGCAUGUCCUGGUUUCUCAUUGAGAGAGUUGGUCGUCGCAAGCUCUUCCUCGCUGGUACAGUUGGCCAGUGUUUGUCAAUGGUUCUGACCUUUGGGUGCUUGAUUCCCGAACGACCCGAGCCAGCCAAAGGUGCGGCAGUUGGUUUAUUCAUUUACAUUGCCAGCUUCGGUGCGACCUGGCUUCCUCUGCCGUGGCUAUACCCGGCGGAGAUUUCUCCGAUCAAGACCCGGGCAAAGGCCAACGCCAUCUCUACCUGUACAAACUGGCUUUUCAACUUCCUUAUCGUCAUGGUAACGCCCAUCAUGGUCCGCAAUAUCCGAUGGGGCACAUAUCUCUUUUUCGCCUGUGUCAAUGCUUGCUUCUUCCCUGUCAUCUGGUUCCUCUAUCCCGAGACUGCCGGUCGUUCCCUGGAGGAGAUUGACCUGAUUUUCGCUAAGGGAUAUUGUGAGAACAUGAGCUAUGUGCGCGCAGCCAAGGAGCUUCCUUUCCUGACCGAUGAGGAGAUCGAACAGGCUGCUGUCCAGUAUGGUUUUGUUCCUGCUGAUACCGGUGUUUCCGGUAUUCACGAAGACCGCGGGGAGAAGCCAAGCUCCGGCGAGACCAGCGAUGUGGAGAAGAGCUAG